AUGACUGGUUUAUUGAUAUUGUGGGAUACUGGCUACGUAACAGCGUUAACUUUUUCUCUUUUCACACAUUCACACUUUGUUGUUCACGGUGAGAGACGGGGUUGGACAACGGCCACGGCAGAUGAUAUGGAGAUGUGGGAUGGUGUGGUUGUUGGAUUUGAAGGUUCUGCAAGCGACAGGGAAGCUGUAAGUGAAGGGCGGGGAGAUGUUACCUGCCCCGCUACCUCUACAUGCGUGUGCACGUUUCUGUGCUUGAUUUUUUUCUACUUUCUGGUUAUUUGCAUUACACUCUUGCUGAUUAUCCAACAUUCUCUUUUACCUCCUCGUCUUAAACUGUUGUUUUAUUAA